CAGGCGGACGAGGACAUGGCGCAGGCGCAGCGCUCCAACUCUGACUCCCUGCGGGAGUUCUCCGAGCCGGCCUCGCUGGAGGACGCGGGCCUGCGGGAGCGCGUGCUGCUCGCCUCCAGCCCCGGCGCCGCCGCGCUGUCGCUGCCCGACUACCGCAAGGUGGUGCAGUUCGCGGCCCGCAGCCUGAAUGUGACGUGGUCGCAGUCCAUCCCCUGCUACAACGACUCGCUCCCCUGCCGCUGGGACUGGCACAAGUCGGGGCGGGUGCUGGCGAGCAGCCACGACCCGUACCGGGCACAUCACGCGUGGCUGCAGUGGCACCGCCUGUUCGCCUCCCAGGCCGCCGACUUCACCAGCCAGCAGGAGCUGCUGCAGAGGGCCGCCGAGGGCAACGGAGCCGACGACAUCUGGGAUUACUGGGAGCUGCUGACGGACUACCCGGAGACGGGGAAGAAUGCGAGCUCCUUGUGGGCGGGAGAGCUGCAGCGGCUGUACGGAGACCUGCGGCAGUUCGUGCUGGGUCGGCUGCGGUUCCAGUACGGCCCUGACAUGGUGGGUGACGAUGACCUGCUGCCGCUCCACCUACUGGGUUCAUUUGUUGGAGAUGAUUGGCUGAGGAUAGCAGAUUUGGUGACUCCGCCAUUGGAUGAAGUCUACAAGAAUCUUAGCAAUUCAUUAAGGAAAAAGAGUUGGAAGGGGCAGCACAUGUACGGGGUAGCAGCAGGGGUUGGGAGCAAGAUGGGGCUGCCGUCGUUGAAGAAGUCUCCGUUCUGGGAGAACGCCCACUUCAACGGCAGCUGCCCGGCAGCUGUGCUUCCGUGGUGCACUGAGAAUUAUGCGAGGAUUCAAACGUGUGACGAAGUGGACGUGCACACUUAUUUGGAUGCCCACAGAGUCACCAUGCAUGCCCUUUUCCACCAGCUAUCUGUACACAAUGGCCGAUACAUCCUCCGACAGCUGAACAGGCAUUCAGCUCUCCUAGAAGCAGUGAUGGGCCUUGGUGAGCUGCUGGCCGUGUCGCACCAGCAGCUUACGAGGCUCGGCCUCCUCGCAGAAGCUGCGGCGGACUCUGACUCGGGCACCGGGACGGGACCGGACGCACAGUUGAGGCUGCUCGUAGCUCUGCGUACACUGCCCAGACUGGCGCACGCAUUGGCGACCGACGUCUGGAGAGCGGAGGGUGUCAACUCCACGUGGAACGGCAUCAGCUCGACAAUCAAAGGUGUGAGGCCACCACGUGAUGUAGCAGAGUCUUGGGAAUAUGUCCAAGAUAAGAAAGUGGCCUUGAAUCAGCCAUAUCUUGGGACAGCUGCUGGGAUAAUUCUGCAGUUCCAGUUGUUUGAAAAGCUGCUCAAUGACAAUAUACAUGAUCCACAGAAUCCUGUUGACAUCAUAAAAAAAGAUGGCUUAUUAAGGAAGCUAAUGGUAGCAGGGCUGUCCGCUCCGUGGCUAGAUGUCAUCAACCAGGUUAUGGGCAUAACUGAGUUAGACGUCAAGCCUCUGCUGAGGUAUUUUGAGCCCAUCAGGUCUCUGUUGCUGAGCGACGUAGCUCCUGACACACCUCGCUUAGCAAAAUUUGAGAGGCAGGCUCUGCCACCCGAUGUGACAGAGGAGAAGCCUACCGAACUGUCGGCAGUUACCGAAGCGGACGAGUCUUCGACAACGCAGGCCGUAUCUUCAAGGUCUCAAGAAGUGGAGGGAACAACAAAACCGGAGGGCGACAGUCCGAAAUCUGACCCGCUGCCCGGUACGGAACCCAAACCUGACAACACGGCGAGCAGCCAGGCGAUCCUGAUAGGAAGCUUAUCGCUCAUCGGAAUCGGGUUGGGAACUGGUGCGAUCCUGGCGGGGCGGCACUUCUACCGGAAGAAGAAACAGCGCGAGAGGAGGAACCGCCGGCCCACAUGACAAAAUGGCCUCACCGAGACCAGGGUCUGACGCUCGUGCUCUUUGGUCUCGGUGGGUGAACGUUUCCACAGAGCUGCAUGGGUGGUGCUGGAACUGGAACGUCACAGGGCGACCGCUGUCCAGUGUUCCGAGCUGCGUUUGCCGUGCACCGGACUACGUGCCGGUAACCUUACUGCGUGUACCGCGAGAAAAUCCGAGCCCACUUUUUGGCUCUUGUGUUCUUGUCUGUGAUAUCGCUUUUAAUGAAAUGAUAUUUAACUGUGUAAGGAUUCUCAUAAAUUUCUGUGCUUUUGAGAGAUUCGAGGUUGAUGUCUAUUAUGAGAGGACCAAACGUUAACUCUUGCCUUUGCAAUGCAGUAUAUGCAUUAUGUUGUUGAAUUUCUGUGAAAUAAGGGCAGAACUGCUUUGUGUGCAUUGUUCAGGUGUUGCUAUUUCUGGAACACAUGUAAAACAGUAAACUGGUACUAGUGGGCUUUUGUGUGCAAAGUUAACUGUAAGUUGUACAUCACAAAUAGAGAAAUAGAAAUAUGUUGUAUAUGAGUGAUGCAUCACAUUUUGAAAUGAGAAUAUAUAGCGGUUUAUUUCCAACACAAUGUCUACAUUAUGUUGUUGAAUGUCUGUGAAACAAGAAUGAAAUUUAUAAGUUUGUGUGUGUGUGUGUGUGUGUGUGUGUGUGUGUGUGUGUGUGUUUGCAUUGCCAUUGCUGAAAUACGUGUAAAAGGUUUUUAGUUGCUAGCAUGCAUAGUUGAUUAUACAAAGUUUAUAAGAAGCAGAGAAAAAGAAAUAUGUUAUAUAUGAAUGGCACAUGACAUCUUAAAAUGAGAAAUGUGACUGUUAUAUUUUGUACCCAUUUUUGAAAUUUUCAUGUAACUUUCACUGUAUUCAACUGUAAAAGUCUGACUGCCAAAUUAUAUCUUUUAAGGUGAACAGUGA